UGUUUCAAAAAAAUAAAAAUAAAGAAACAGGGCCGCCUUGUUAGAAGGAUCAAUCCCCAAAAAAGUUAUUCUCUCACAGCAAAGAUGGCAGCAAAUAUUAAUUAAUUGGAGACACUCUGUAGGAUGCUUGAGGAAAGAAGAAAGAUAAAAGGAGAGGAGAGUCGUCGAAUUGAUGCUGUGCAAUUCGAAGUGUGGUUGCUCUCCUCAUCCUUCUGCUUGUGCGUACCUCUGGCUGCGAGCGUGCAAAAAUGGCGGAGGUGGUGACCAGCAUCGUGGUCAAGCCACUGCUGUCCAUGGUGAAGGAUAAGGUCUCCAGCUACCUCCUACAGGAGUACAGGGUGAUGGAGGGCUUGGAAGAGCAGCACAAGAUCCUGAAGCGCAAGCUGCCGGCCAUCCUGGACGUCAUCUCCGACGCUGAGAAGCAGGCGUCAGAACAAAGAGAAGGAGCGAAAGCCUGGCUCGAGGAGCUCAAGACGGUGGCCUACGAAGCAAAUGACAUCUUCGACGAGUUCAAGUAUGAGGCUCUUUGGCGAGAAGCCAAGAAGAAUGGGCACUACACCGCGCUCGGCUUCGAUGUGGUAAAACUCUUUCCUACUCACAACCGUGUCAUGUUCCGGUACAGGAUGGACAAAAGACUUUGCAAGAUUGUGCAUGACAUUGAAGUCCUUGUCACGGAGAUGAAUGCCUUUAGGUUCAGAUUCCAACCUCAGCCUUUAGUUUCCAUGCAGUGGAGGCAAACUGAUUCUGAGAUCUUUGACCCAACAAACAUUAUUAGCAAAUCAAGAAGCCAAGAAAAACUGAAAAUUGUUAAUAUUCUCCUUGGUCAAGCUAGCAGCCCGGAUCUCUUGGUUCUUCCUAUAGUUGGAAUAGGGGGGCUGGGCAAGACAACAUUAGCGCAACUAGUUUACAACGACAGUGAAAUUCAGAAGCAUUUCCAGUUGUUGGUAUGGGUAUGCGUAUCUGACCCUUUUGAUGUUGACUCUAUUGCUGAAAAUAUAGUUAAACUAGCUGAUAGGAGCAAGGAAGUAAAAGAGGAUGGCAAACACCAAAUAGAUUAUCAUGUGAGUCAAGUGACCAAGGACAAGCCACUGCAGAAGCUUCAAAAAUUAGUGAGCGGCCAAAGGUACCUCCUUGUAUUGGAUGACGUUUGGAGCAGAGAUGCCGAUAAGUGGGAAAAGUUAAAGGCUUCCCUUCAACAUGGUAGCAUCGGCAGUGCAGUAUUGACAACAACUCGUGAUGAACAAGUUGCUCAACUAAUGCAGACAACUGAUGCAUAUAACCUUACUGCUCUGGAGAACAGCAUUAUCAAGGAAAUCAUUGACACGAGAGCAUUUAGUUUGAGAAAGGAUGAAAAGCCUAAUGAGCAAGUUGAAAUGAUUGAUAAGUUUGUCAACAGAUGUGUUGGAUCUCCAUUAGCCGCAACAGCACUAGGCUCUCUACUUCGUACCAAGGAAACUGUGCAAGAAUGGCAGGCCAUAUUAAUGAGAAGCAGUAUAUGCAAUGAGGAGACUGGAAUUUUACAUAUACUCAAGCUCAGCUAUGAUGACUUGCCCUCAUACAUGAAACAAUGCUUUGCUUUCUGUGCUAUGUUUCCCAAAGAUUAUGUGAUUGACGUAGACAAUCUAAUCCACGUAUGGAUGGCCAAUGGCUUUAUCCCAGACGAAAAAAAAUGUCCCUCUAGAAACCAUUGGAAACUAUAUUUUCCAUGAGUUGGCCUCAAGGUCAUUCUUCCAAGACAUGAAACAAGUCCCAUUUCAGGAAUAUGGAAGCAAACAUGGGAAUUGUUAUAGAAGGUUAUGUAGGAUACACGAUUUGAUGCACGAUGUUGCGCUAUCUGUUAUGGGAAACGAAUGUUUUAGCAUAACUGAAAAUCCUAGUCAAAAGGAGUU